AUGGAAAAGAGCGAGCUGUGCGUGCGAUGGCUGGUGCUGUUCUUGUCGUGUGUGCUGAUGAUCGGCAAUUACUACUGCUUUGAUAAUCCCGCGGCGCUUAAAAGUCAGCUACAGCAGCACUUUAACACCAUGUCAAAAGACCGAUAUGAGGUCCUUUUCAAUUUAUUGUACACGUUGUACUCAAUCCCAAACAUCGUGUUGCCAUUCGUUGGUGGUGUACUGGUGGAUCGAUUUGGUGCGCGCGUGAUGCUCUUUGCCUUCUCGACGGCAAUUUUAAUGGGACAAGUGAUUUUUGCAACGGGCUGCUCGCUCUCCAGCUUCAACCUGAUGCUGUUUGGUCGUGUAGUGUUUGGCUUUGGUGGAGAAAGUUUGGGAGUGGCUCAGGGGACGCUCGUCGCUUCAUGGUUCAAGGACAGUGAGUUGGCUUUGGCCUUGGGCAUCAACCUUAGUGUGGCUCGACUUGGAAGUGUCAUCAAUAACGAACUGAGUCCAAUGAUAGCCCAAGCGUCGAGUGUAUCGACGGCGCUCUGGGUGGGUGUUAUCAUGUGUCUCGCUUCCACUUUUACAGUGUUGCUUGUGAUUCCAAUUGAUAAACGAGGUGAAAAAUUGACGAAACAAAACGAGAAAGCGGAUGGAGCAGCUGUUGAGAGUAUUCAUUUCAGUGAUGUUAAGCAUUUCCGUCCGGCUUUUUGGCUCCUGGCAUUGAGCUGCUUGGUAGUGUAUGGCUGUGUGAUCCCUUUCAAUAGCAUUGCUAGUAGCCUCUUGAUGGAGCGUGAUUUCUUCAAAGAACCUCCAGAGCAAUGCAGACGAUGCGGUGAGGGCUUGUAUGAACGUACACUUGAUUGCCAUGACAUCGCCCCGGGAUGCCCUAGUGUUCCUCCGUUCGGGUGGCCACUACCUCUUCUGUCGGCAAAUUGCACGAUUAAGGAACCACUCGAUCAGUGGCAUUGCUCGACUUCGCCCCCAUUGAUUCUUGGAGAUAAUAUCAAUUGUGAUGACGACGCGUGGAAGUUUGGUCCACUGACCAAAACAUACUGUGCCACGAAAACAGAAGCGGCUCAGAAGGCUGCUACCCCAAUGUCCAUCCCAUACAUUAUCAGCGCUGUCAUAUCUCCAUUCCUGGGAUUUGUGGUCGAUCGUAUUGGUCUCCGCGCCAUUUUGGCGCUGGUAGCCCCUCUUGCACUUACCGCAGUCCACGUCAUGUUAGGACUCACACAAGUUACACUCUACGUGCCGUUGGUGCUACAAGGUGUUGCGUACAGUGUGUUCGCCGCAGCAUUGUGGCCUUCCGUUCCAUACGUGGUCGAGGCAAAGCAUGUGGGAACAGCAUACGGAGCAAUCACUGCUAUCCAGAACAUUGGUCUCGCACUAUUUCCGCUAGCCGUGGCGGCUGAGUUUAACCACGACGACCGAUACAUUCCGGGUGUAGAGUUGCUCUUUGUGUCAUUUGGAGUGGUGGGCAGUCUCGUGGGCAUUUCUCUCAACGUGGUGGAUCACCAGAAUGGCUCCAUCCUGAAUCGCACAAAAGCCACGAAGAAAAAGGUGGCGCUUAUGCUAGAGGAGGACGCGCUUGACAGUGAAGCGCUCUUGGCUGCCGAGCACUAG